AUCGGAAUUGAAUAUCACAAAUGUUAUCGGCAAUGAAUUAUCAACCAGUGGUCAAAACAUGACUUUUAUUUAUGAAACAAAGCCGUUACAAUUUCUACUUUCAUCUAGACCAAUGCUAAAUAUAACAUGUAAUGAUGAACGUAAUAGUAUUAUUGCCAAUAAACAAGGUCUCGCAAACAUUUUAAAAUGUUGUAGUCAAAUAUUGAUGUGUCAAUGUUUUGAAGAUCAUUGUAACAACGAUCCGGAUUAUAAAAAUGGAAUAUGGUGUGAACAGGUGCGAAUACAUGGUUGUAAAGUGGGUGCAGAUUGUGACGGAUUAAAUCUCGACACUAAAAAAUGUAACGCAUUACCAGAAGUAGGUAAGUGGUUGUUUUACUUACUGAUUGCUAUUGGAGUAGCAAUUGCUUUUGCUAUUCUCGUAUUGAUAUGCAUGAUUGGUUAUAAAAAGUUUAAAGCAUUUAAAUCCAAUAAAAAAACUGGUUCACAAUCUCACAUACGAAUGGCAAUCGCAUCCAGUCCAAAUGUCACCAGUCAAGUGAUGUGUGUAGACACAGCAAACCCCUCACAAUAUUCACAAAGUCGUGCUUCAUCAAUGAGUAAAGCAAAAGAUUCUGGGACCAGUUCAAAGUCGGGCUAUAAUAGUCGUGGUUCAAGUAGACAAUCGGAUCGUAUGUCAAAAUUACCGCAACAACAACAAACUACUAAUCACGGACAAAAAUUUAGCAGAGAUGCAAUUAAACCUACUAGAAGUUUUCUUCAAAGAGCUGUAUUAUAAUAAAAAAAAUGUGUGUUGAAUUUUUUUUGGUUAUAAAAUCUAUUUUUAUUUAAUUAUAUUUGGGAAAUACAUUGAAA